GUAGUUCCUAUUCCUCGCCUACAACCUGCAUGGCGGCGCCCAUGCUGCUGCUGACAUCCUGUAGCAGUUUAUUGUAAAGUUUUUAGGGUUUCUGUGGAUUACUCAAAAUGUCCAAACUCUCCCGAACCACCAGGGCAGUGAAGAAGGUCGAAGCUGGCAAUAUGAUCAGAGCAAUCCUCCGCUCGGGACAGGCAGCACCCGGACCCCCGCUUGGUCCCACCCUCGGUCAGAGGGGCAUUCCAAUCGGCCAGUUCUGUAAGGAAUUCAACGAGAGGACGAAGGAUAUGAAGGAGGGAAUUCCUCUGCCGGUCCGGAUCCUCGUCAAUCCUGACCGGACCUACCAGCUGAAGAUCAACCUGCCCACAACCUCCUACUUCCUGAAGGCAGCAGCUGGCAUUGAGAAGGGAGCAGCCCGGGCAGGACAUGAGGUGGCAGGCAUGGUGACGCUGAAACAUAUCUACGAGAUAGCCAAGGUGAAGUCGCAGGAUGAGAGUUUCCAGCUGCAGGACAUGUCGCUGGAGAACGUCUGCAAGACCCUGAUUGGCUGUGCGAAAUCCCUCGGGAUCAAGGUGGUUCCAGAGCUGACAGCGGAGGAUUACGCCCGUUUCCAGGAGCAGCUCAGAGCUGAGGCAGGCUCCCUCGAACCCACCAGCACCAAGAGGAAGGAAUGACCGACCGACCGGGAGAGGGACGCGUCGUCAUGCCAACGAUACACAGAGGGAGCCGGGUCACUGCCUCACCCCCUCCCUGACGCACAAACACACCCUCUCCCCUACCCCCCCCAACCUGUCAGACAGCCUCUGAGGGUCACAGGGUCUGGGGGGGGGGGAAGAGGGUGGGGCGCGACUCAGUGUUCCAGAAUCUUGGAUCGGGGCAGGAGGUCUCAGGGUCUCAGUCUGGGAUGAGGUGCGGUGGGGGAUGGGAGUCUCAGGGUUUGGGCACCAUCCAGGGGCAGGUGGGGUACCAGACUCUGGGACAGGGUGGGGGCGAGGGGUCACAGGGUCUGGAGUCUGGCUGGGGCUGGGGGUCCCCAUGUCCUGGGGAGACUGGGUUGUGAGGCUCCACUGUCUGGCUGUGGUCUCAGGCACCCGGAUUCAUCCCGGGACGGGCUAGUCUCAGGUCUGGAUUCCGGGAGAGGCUGGCUUUCGGGGGUCCACAUUCAGGUGGGGGGUGUCCUGUUGUUGGGGGAGUUCCUGUCUAUACCAGGUACCGUUCUCCCCUCUCCCCGAGUGUGUGUGCGUGUGCAUGUGUGCGCGUGUGUGGGGUUGUGCGUGUGUGUGUGUGUGUGGGGGGGGGGGAUGUCUGAAUGCUUUUUAUCCCACA